CUUACAUCUCAUGCUCGCCAGCUCAAACUCACUGCAAAGACCCUCAAACCUUCUAUUCUUCAUUCUUUUCGGUAUGCCUGUUUCAUCAUCGCUGUUCCCGUUCGAAACUUUGAGAGAUUCAUGGCCUCUCAUCAGAUCUCAUCUGUGUAAGGUAGGCGAUGUCGUCCGACAUCUCUUCUCAGAUCUGAUUUUAGAGACAGCAAAAUUCGAGAUUUUCUCUAUCCAUGAGGCUGACAUGGACUUGUUUUUUUCUUUCUAUUAUCUUCAAACUUCCCAAUCCCUGAAGCUUUUCUUCGUACUUGGCAGUUUACAUAUGAUUCCCCGUUUCAUGCCUUGGGGAUAACUGUUACGAGUUCAGGCUUACACUAAGACGGCUAUUCUUGAGGAGCGAGUUCGGUUGGCAUAUGCUCAAGGAACUCAUGUAAUACCGAUUAGUCUCCAAAUGAA